AUGAACAAGCGAGGCUUCACCGAAAUGUACGACUACAACGAUUACGUGUACACAUACAUGCAAAAAAUUUUCCAAAUGGACAUAACGCGCUUCUUCUUCACCAGCAAUUAUCUUGAGAAUGUGAACAGGUACAUAAUUAAAAAAAAUAAAUGCAUUAAUGACCUGACCAAUGCUCAGAACUUCGUAAAUGAUUUUAUACAAAAGAAGGAAAACGUCAUUACACAGAAAAGGUUUUGUAAUGACGUCACCUACUCAAUGUACUUUUUAAUUUUCACAAAUCUGUUAGUAACCCUAUGGCACACGACCUUGUGUCAUUUGGACGAGGCCAACUGGAACCAGCUGGUCUCCUUCCUAAUGAGGCGUCUCCGCAUGAAGAAAACUGUUUAUGUGUUAAAAAGGAGCCACUCCUUUCUGUCUCGCAUUUAUCGGUACCUCACCAAACGUGCCCUUGAUGAAAAAAAAAAAAAAAAAAUAAUUAUACUUGUUAAACGGAGCAGAAGCUUCAAAAUGGUUCAGAAGAACGUAUAUAAAAUUAACACCUUUUGUUUUUAUGUACUCAUUUUUUUUCUCCCUCUGUCUGUACCUCCAUUUGUUAAGGACCUCAACACCCGUGACUACUUCCUGCACUCUUUUCUGAGAAGCAUUAACAAAGUCGUUUUGAGGUAUGCCAAGGAGUAUACCGGCGGCGUGUCACACCAUUCAGGGGGGUCAGUCAAUUCGGAGGUGUCACACCGUUCAGGGGAGUCACACCAUUCAGAGGGGUCAGUCAGUUCAGAUGGGUCAAUCAAUUCAGACGGGUCAGUCAAUUCAGGGGGGAACGUCCACGCUACCGCUCCCCCCUCACAAUGCCACAGAAGCGAAAACAUGCGCGACGUCCUCCGCAAAGCCGUGAGCAGCUCUCAGAAGAACAUUUGCCGGCUGAAGAUGCAGAGCCUCGCGCAGGUGUUUCGCUGCUCUUUCGAAAAUGCCCCGCGAGGGAGUAGACCGGAAAGCGGAAGUAAUAGCAAGCACUCAAACAACCUCGUGGACGCCAUGCGGGACAUACAUAUAAGCACGAGGAUCGAGCAGAUCGAGAAGGAACUCACUGCCUACCUCAGAGCAAACACCCACUUCUACCACACCUUCUUUAGCAUCAUCGUGCCCAUGCUGAAUGCCCUCACAAUCCUUAUGGAGAACCUCGAGGCGAUCGUUGCCCUGUACGUAAAGCACAAAAUACGGAAGAGCAGGAAGCUGCUUUUCUUUCUCGGUGGGACUCACCCCAACGACGCAGAAAAAAAAUGUGGAAUGGGCAGAGUGAAUAACGUGAAUAAUGUGACUAGCGCGAGUAGCCUGAGUGGCGGCGUAGCAGGCAGUUUAACGGGUAACCUAACGGACGAUUCAACUGGCAGCCUACCUUCAGACUUCGCGUCCUACAUGGCGCAGCAGGACGGACAGCUGGAGCAAGACGACCUGGGCGCACUGUACCACGUCAAGAGGGUUAAGGAAAUGCUGCUCUUGGGGAGAAGGAAAAAGGGCGAAUCCCGCAGAAAGGCACAUAUGGACCGUGCAAAUGUGGACCGAGCAGAUCGCGCCAAGUUAAACGACUACUAUUCCCACAUUUUGAAGUUGUGCCAAGACGAGCGCUACAAAGAAAUAAACACCAGAGCUUUGAGAUGCCUAUUGUACACUUUGUACUUUAGUUGA